AUGGGUGACUUCACAGAACCGGAAGCGGAGAUGAGGUACGCGGAUGAAGAUACCAGGCCGACAAGCCAGAAAGAGCUAUGGGGUUGGUACUCGUACGGCUGGGCCGCAGAGGUCUUUGCCAUCUGUGCCAUGGGGUCGUUUCUACCAAUUACCCUCGAACAACUGGCCAGGGAACGAGGAGUCCUGUUGAAAGAUAAGACAACACCCUGUAGCGCAGGCUGGAAAAGCGACCAUGGCACCUCGCCGAACGAAACCGUCUUCGAUUCUCCUACACACCGACACAAUGAGCUUCCGGCCUGUGUGGUAUACAUUUUGGGUGCCGAGAUCAACACUGCGAGUUUUGCCAUGUAUACCUUUUCGAUCAGCGUCCUGAUCCAAGCUCUCCUCAUCAUCUCCAUGUCCGCGGCAGCCGAUCACGGCAGGUUUCGGAAGACAUUCCUUCUCGCCUUCGCUUUCACUGGAGCGAUUGCUACGGCCCUCUUCAUCACCGUUAUACCCAAGGUCUAUCUCCUGGGAGCCCUUUUCGCCAUCGUUGCAAACACAUGUUUUGGGGCGUCGUUUGUGUUGCUGAAUUCUUUCUUGCCCUUGCUAGUACGACAUCACCCGUCUAUCGAGCGAGACCAUGAAGAAGAUCGGGCGGCAGGCAACGACGAUGAAUACGUCGAACAUGAGGACCACGUCUUGACGAGCUCGACGUCAGGGCUCUUACCUCGGGAUCACCCCGACCAUACCUCUCCCGCCCAGGAAUCUCCGGCCGCCAUCUCGCCCGCGCUGAAAAUGUCCACCAAGAUAUCGUCGAAUGGUAUUGGCAUUGGAUACAUUGCAGGAUUAUUCGUGCAAAUUAUUGGUAUUGGCAUAGUCGCCGCGACAAAAUCCACUCUGUUGUCCUUGAGGUUGGUUCUCUUGCUUGUGGGACUAUGGUGGUUCGCAUUCAGCAUUCCAGCGGCUCUAUGGCUUCGACCUCGACCGGGACCGCCCCUACCGACCGAGUUGACAGGGCGCUACGCCUGGGUGGCAUAUGUUACGUAUGCCUGGAAAGCACUGUUCACAACAAUUGGGCACGCCAGAAAGCUGAAGGAUAUUGUGAUCUUCCUUUGCGCUUGGUUUUUACUCAGCGACAGCAUCGCCACAGUGAGCGGGACAGCGGUGCUCUUCGCCAAAACGAGUCUUGGGAUGAGUACCCCAGCCCUUGGUUUGAUCAACGUCAUUGCGACACUAGCGGGUGUCAUUGGUGCAUUUUACUGGAGCUUCAUCUCUCGGAUAUUCAACCUUCGCGCAUCCAGGACGAUUGUUGCGUGCAUCUGCUUGUUUGAGAUUAUUCCUUUGUAUGGACUCUUGGGGUUUAUUCCUGCCAUCAAGCGGUACGGCGUUUUUGGCUUGCAACAGCCAUGGGAGAUGUACCCCCUGGGUGCAAUAUACGGGUUCGUUCUUGGUGGGUUGUCGUCGUACUGUCGAGCAUUCUUUGGCGAAUUGAUCCCUCCGGGUUUCGAGGCAGCAUUUUACGCCCUGUACGCGAUAACAGACAAAGGGUCCAGUAUCUUUGGCCCGGCCAUUGUUGGCGCAAUCACCGAUCGAUAUGGGGAGAUACGACCUGCGUUUGUCUUUCUAGCAGUACUUAUCUUCCUCCCGCUGCCGUUGAUGUUAUUGGUCGAUGUUGAUCGCGGCAAAGCCGAGGCAUAUCAAAUGGCGUUGGAGCUCGAAGGACGCCGCAAAGCAAGAGAUGAGGAUACAAGAUACAGGACGAUACCUACCAUAGUGCUCUCGGAAGAGGAGGACUGA